AUGUCCCAGGUGCACAGCCUGCAGGAGCUGCGGCGCAGCGCAUCCCUGGCCACCAAGGUUUUCGUGCAGCGGGAUUACAGCGACGGGACCACAUGCCAGUUCCAGACGAAGUUCCCCCCUGAGCUGGAGAGCCGGAUCGAGCGGCAGCUCUUCGAGGAAACCGUGAAAACCCUUAAUGUGUUCUGUGCUGAAGCAGAGAAGAUUGGGGGCAGCUCGUACCUGGAGGGGUGCCUGGCCUGCGCCACUGCGUAUUUCAUCUUCCUCUGCAUGGAGACACACUACGAGAAGGUGCUGAGGUCCAGGGGAGGGCUUGGGGACAGGCAUGGGCUGGGGGACCCUCCUCUGCCCGGGUUGGGGAGGGGGGUCCCCGUCACCGAGGAGGGGACAGGUGAAGCACACACGUCGCAGGCCAAACCAGCAGGCACAUGGUACAGUAUCGAGGCGACGGAGCAAGCGACCACCCAGGAGGUACCGGCAUGGCAGGGGCAGCGCUGGGGCGCGGGGUGCCUGUGA